AUGGCCGAAGCAGCAGGAGUUUACCCACCGCUCGAGGCCAGGCCGCUCAAAGGCACCAUCUGCCUGUUUGAUGUCGAUAAGACUCUAACACCAGCCAGAGGAACUGUCGCCCCCGAGAUGCUGCAGCUGCUCUCGCAAUUAAGACAUAAAUGCGCCAUUGGAUUCGUCGGCGGAUCCAAUCUAGCCAAACAACAAGAACAGUUAGGCACCCAAACAACUGAUGUUACUACGCUCUUCGACUUCUGCUUCGCAGAAAAUGGCCUUACAGCGUAUCGACUUGGGAAUCCCAUGGCCUCCAACAGCUUCAUCAAGUGGCUAGGUGAAGAGAAGUACCAGAACCUCAUUGAUUAUUGCUUGCGGUACAUUUCUAGCGUGAAGCUUCCGAGGAAGAGAGGGACCUUUGUGGAAUACAGAAAUGGAAUGGUCAACAUUAGUCCUGUGGGGAGGAGCGCAAGCGUGGAAGAGAGGAACGAAUUUGAGGAGUUUGAUAAGGUACACAACAUCCGGAAGAACCUCGUUGAGGCUCUGAGGAAAGAAUUCGCCGACUAUGGCCUCACCUUCUCCAUUGGCGGGCAAAUCUCCUUCGACGUCUUCCCUACCGGUUGGGAUAAAACUUACUGUCUACAACACGUUGAGGCGGAGAAAAAUAUUAGCGGUGUCGAUUACACCACCAUCCAUUUUUUCGGUGACAAAUGCUUCAAGGGAGGAAACGAUCAUGAAAUUUACGAGGAUUCCCGGACGAUUGGCCAUGAGGUUACAGGUCCGGAUGAUACAAUGAGACAAUUGAAGGAACUAUUCAACCUGUGA